CCUGCAUAUACGUGCAUGCGCCAAGACUCCCCGGACAUACAACUUUCGCACCGCACAUGAGCCACCGCAGCAUGUAUCUAUCGUUGGGAUAUGCCGGUGAGAAUCCGUCUCGCGUGCGCUGGGCCAGCCCACAGGUUGCAGCCCGUGUUGUUGGCUGGGGAGCUGCAGCACCUCUUUCCAACGUUACUGGCUUCAAAAGAGGGCGGCGCGGUUUUUGUCUCUUGCACAUGAGCAACACGGACACCUGUGGCUCGAGUUGUUUCUGGCAGUGCGCAUUCUCCGGGAUGCUUUUGAUAACGACUGGACUCGUACCGACGAGAUGGUGGAUUUCGAGAAGUGGUUCGUGCAGGAGGCCGAGCAGUACGAGUCUAGGCUGGCUAAGCUCGGGCUGACGUUGGAGGAUAUUAAUGAAGAAGGCUUGGAUGUAGCUUUUGCUGCUCUCCGUCUAGAUUGAUCCAUGGGCAGGAAUCGGCAUGGAGCUGGCCUCUGGGAAGUUUGGCCUGCUAAUUCAUUUCCCUUCUUUGUCAAACAGUCUGGUAGGCCUCCAUCCG